GGCAAAGCUAAAUGACUAAUGUGGAUAACGAUCCCUUCUUUCCCACUCACUGAAACACUCAAAAGCUCUCUCAAGUACCAACAAUGGCUUCCUCUGCAACAACUCCUUCUUCACUCUCAUUCUUCUCCUCGUCCAUAUUCCUCACAUCUUCUCGCCACCAAAAUUUCAAAGCCCUCUCCACUUUCAGACUCAGACCCAUUUCCCAAAAAACGCAGACGACGGCCAGACCUCUCGCUAUCACCUCCGAGCUCAGCACCCUCCCGAUCCUCUCCUUCUCCGGCGAGAAGGUCGGAGAGACUUUCCUUGACGUUAAGUCUGCUCCACCGGAAACUGCACGCGCAGUCGUUCACCGGGGAAUCAUCACGGACCUACGGAACAAGCGCCGUGGUACCGCGUCGACACUCACGCGCGGUGAGGUUAGAGGUGGUGGGAAGAAACCUUACCCGCAGAAGAAAACGGGUCGGGCCCGAAGUGGGUCGACGCGGAGCCCUCUAAGACCCGGCGGAGGGGUCGUGUUUGGACCCAAACCCAAAGACUGGAGCAUCAAGAUAAACAGGAAGGAGAAGAGGCUGGCGAUUUCGACGGCGGUUGCGAGUGCCGCCGUGAACACGAUAGUGGUGGAGGAUUUUGGGGACAAGUUCGAGAAGCCGAAGACGAAAGAGUUCAUAGCGGCGUUGAAGAGGUGGGGGAUUGACCCGAAAGAGAAAUCGACUUUUUUGCUGACGGAGGUUACGGAUAAUGUGAGGCUUUCGAGCAGGAAUAUAGGAACUUUGAAGAUGUUGACGCCGAGGACGUUGAAUCUGUUUGAUAUACUGAAUGCUGAUAAGGUGGUUCUCACGCCCGAUACUGUGGAUUUCUUGAAUGGGAGAUAUGGGGUUGAUUAUGAAGGGAGUGAAGAUGAGGAGGAAGAAGAAGAAGGAGGAGAAUAUGGAGGAGGAGAAGAAGAAGGAACUAAUGCAGAUGAGAAUUCUGGCACGGCUGAAUGAUGGUGCCCAGUGUCUUUCUCUUUUUCCUCAAUUUAAAUAAGAUUCAUCCCAAUCGAGAUGACCCAGAAAGUGGUCUUCUCCUUGCCUGAAGUUAUGUCGAUCUAAGCUUUGCAAUUGCAGGCUGGUUUUUGGUAAAUUGUAUCCAAAUUUUUUUUGUACUAAUUUGUAGUUUUCACUUCAUGCAAAUGUAUGUAGACGGAUCUUCUGCAUUGUUGUACCACAAGGAUAUUUGUCUCCAUUUAUUCGCUGUCGGUUUACCCCUUUUGCAGCGUAUUGUCCAGUUAUGGUUUUGUCGGUUCCUACUCGUCAAAAACCAAAGAAAAACAGGGUUUCUGGUCGGGGUUGUGAUGGUUCUUAUUUGGGGUACCUUGCUUGUAAUUUAUUGUCUUAAUGGUCUAAUUCCCAAGUCCAAUUUCUAUGGUA